AUGAAGUCGCUUCACCAAUUGGCUCGCCGCAAGGCCCUCACUGGACUUGCUGGCCCUCGUAUUGUGCCUACGCAGACUAUCUCGACCCGGCUAUGGCAGCGAAGCUUUACUGCUACCGCCGUGGCGGCCUCUCAACAACUCCCCGGUCUGGACGCUUCCAAGCUGACCGUCACCAAGACGACCACCCCCAAGGAGCUCCAGAAGCCCCAGGAUCUGGUGUUUGGAAAGACAUUCACGGACCAUAUGCUCUCUGUGGAGUGGACGGCUAGCGACGGAUGGCACGCGCCUCGCAUUAUCCCCUAUCAGAACCUCAGCCUGGACCCAUCCACAUGCGUGUUCCACUAUGCGUUUGAAUGUUUUGAGGGCAUGAAGGCAUACAAGGAUAGCAACGGUGGCAUCCGUCUGUUCCGCCCGAACAAGAACAUGGAACGGCUGAACAAGUCGUCCUCGCGCAUUGCUCUGCCUACCGUGGACGGCGAGGCUCUAACAAAAUUGAUCGGGGAUUUUGUGAAGCUGGAUAGUCGAUUUAUCCCGGAUGCUCGCGGAUAUUCGUUGUACCUGAGGCCUACAAUGAUCGGUACCCAGAAGACAUUGGGUGUGGGCCCACCGGGCUCAGCACUUCUGUUUGUCAUUGCUAGCCCCGUUGGGCCGUACUACCCGACUGGUUUCAAGGCCAUCUCGCUGGAGGCGACCGACUACGCCGUCCGCGCGUGGCCGGGUGGUGUCGGUGACAAGAAGCUUGGUGCCAACUACGCACCGUGCAUUAAGCCCCAGCUCGAAGCCGCAUCGCGCGGCUUCCAGCAGAACCUGUGGCUCUUUGGCGAGGAGGAAUACGUGACCGAGGUCGGAACCAUGAAUCUCUUUAUUGCAUUGAAGAACAAGGAGACCGGACAGAAGGAGCUGAUCACUGCUCCUCUGGACGGCACCAUCUUGGAAGGUGUCACUCGAGACUCUGUGCUGGCCCUCGCCCGGGAGAGAUUGGAGCCCAAGGGCUGGGCGAUUUCGGAGCGCAAGAUCCGUAUGGCGGAGGUUGCCGAGGCUGCCCAGGAGGGUAGAAUGAUUGAGGUCUUUGGUGCUGGUACCGCGGCCAUUGUCAGUCCCGUCCGGAAUAUUAGCUAUCAGGGCAAGCUGGUGGACUGCGGUUUGAAGAAGAACGAGGAAGCCGGUGAGAUUGCGCUUCAGAUGAAGCAUUGGAUCGAGGCAAUCCAGUAUGGUGAUGAGAAGCACCCCUGGAGCUAUGUGAUCUAA